CCAGUCCAGGCCUCCCAUCUCCCUCCAUACAAACGUCCCCCUCCCCCGCCACCCCGCGGCCUUCUCCAGCCGGCGCGGCCUCUCCCCGGCGGCGCGGCCUCUUCCGGCCGGCGGGAGGGCGGGGCCGAGCGCUCUGGCGGGCCGGCCGGUGGUGCGAGCGUCCCGGGCUCGCGCUCCGCCGCCGGCCGGCCGGCCAUGCUCAUCACGCUGUGCUACCUGUACCUGUGGGCGCGCUGGGGGCACGGGCCUGCCGCGCUAGUGCGCACCACGGUGCAGCAGCUGCGGGCCUCGCGCUGCUCCUUCACCUUCUGCCGCGCGGGUGCGCAGCCCCGGGGCGCCCGCGUGUGCCUGAGCCGCGGCGGCCGCGUCUUCUGCGUCGGCGAGAGCCAGUCCAUUGAUGACUUGAACAAAUGGGCCCUGUUUCUGGUUUCUCCUUUUAUACUUGAAGCAGAACACAUAGCAUUUGUGACAGAGAGCAUUUGGGUGCAAGGUGACACUUUACAGAGACCAUCGUCCUCUUUGGAAACUAUUGUGAAGUGGUCGGAUUGUUGCUUGCCGUUAGCUUGCAGACCUGGGGAUCCUUAUCAGUUAAUCGCCAGAGCAAGUGUGGAUGACUUCAGCAAGCUGGGAGUGGCAUUCCUUGAAGAUAGACUCCAGGUGGCUAAUGGACUGAUACCCCAAAAGAUCGUUUCUGUCCACUUGCACGACUCUGCUCUGAAGGAACUUAAGGACCAGGCCUCAGACACGCCAGCCCAGCUCCUGGAGCCCCAGCCGGAACCUUCUGUUGAGGGCAAGCCUGAGCUGGAGGCUAUGGAGCACGUUGGCAGAGAGGACCACCAGGUUCUGGGUUCCGCACCCACGCCGGGGCAAGGCGGUGCCCCUGGGGGCGAGCCUGCCGGGGAGAGCGACAGAGGCGUGGGCUCCGUCGAGCACUGUCACCUCCAUCUUUCUAGCUGCCACGAGUGUCUGGAGCUUGAGAACAGCACCAUCGAAUCCGUCAAGUUUGCUUCUGCAGAGGACAUUCCAGAUCUUCCCUACGACUACAGCAGUGGUUUGGAGGGUAUCGCGUAUGACCUCUGCCCCAAGAGAGAACAGAGGAGGGUCAACCUCACGGGAAAGGCACCCAACAUCCUUCUCUACGUGGGGUCCGACUCCCAGGACGCCCUGGACCGGCUCCAGCAAGUCCGGUCAGCUCUGGCCGACUGCGUGGACACCAACUGUUACACUCUCUACCACCUGCCGCUGGAAAGUGCUCUCAGGGACCCAUGGCCAGACAACUGCCUGUUGGUGGUCAUUGCCACGAGGGAGUCCGUCCCUGAGGACCUGUCCCGGAGGUUCAUGGCCUAUCUUUCUCAGGGGGGGAAGGUCCUGGGCCUGUCAUCGCCCUUCACGCUUGCUGGCUUCCAGGUGACCAGGAAGGCCGCACUGCAGGACACAGUCCAGAGCUUGGUUUUCUGCAAGGCGGACUGGAGCCAGGUGAGGCUCAGCGUCCUGAGUAGCGGCUGCGUUUACGAGGGAGGCCCUGGGGAGCCGCUCAGCCUGGGCAAGCUCCAGGGCCACCUGGACAACAAGGACGAGGACAGGCUGAUUGUGCAAGUGCCUUUCGGAACACGUGGAGGAGAAGCUGUUCUUUGCCAGGUGCACCUGGAACUACCUCCCAGCUCUCCAGUAGUGCAAACACAAGAGGAUUUUAACCUGCUCAAAUCAAGCAAUUUUAGAAGAUACGAAGUCCUUAAGGAGAUCCUGACGACGCUUGGCCUAAGCUGUGAUGCAAAACAUGUUCCUGCCUUAACGCCUCUUUACUUGCUGUCGGCAGCUGAGGAAAUCCGGGAUCCUCUUAUGCAGUGGCUGGGGAAGCAUGUGGAUGCUGAAGGAGUAAUAAAAUCCAGCAAGCUCUCCCUUAAAUUCGUUUCAUCCUACACGUCUGAAAUAGAAAUCACCCCAUCUGCUAUACCUGUGGUGACUGACAUAGAGACCUUCUCAUCAGAAAAUUUUAACUUUGAGAUCUACCAACAAAAUUUGCAGACAAAGAAACUUGGAAAAGUAAUUCUGUUUGCUGAAGUGACAACCACCACAAUGAGUCUUCUGGACGGGUUGAUGUUUGAGAUGCCACAGGAAAUGGGUUUAAUCGCCAUCGCAGUCCACCAAACGCAGGGCAAAGGGCGGGGAAGGAAUGCUUGGCUGAGCCCCGUGGGGUGCGCUCUUUCUACCCUGCUCGUCUCCAUCCCACUGAGAUCCCAGCUGGGACAGAGGAUUCCGUUUGUCCAGCAUCUGAUGUCUCUGGCUGUCGUGGAGGCGGUAAGGUCCAUUCCUGGGUACCAGGAUAUCAAUUUACGAGUGAAGUGGCCCAACGAUAUUUAUUACAGUGACCUCAUGAAGCUUGGUGGAGUUCUGGUUAACUCAACACUUAUGGGAGAAACAUUUCAUAUACUUAUUGGCUGUGGAUUUAACGUGACUAACAGCAACCCUACCAUAUGCAUCAACGAUCUUAUCACAGAAUACAAUAAGCAACACGGGGCCGAACUAAAGCCCUUAAGAGCUGAUUAUCUCAUCGCCAGAAGCGUGACUAUGCUGGAGAAGCUGAUCGACACAUUUCAGGACGAAGGGCCCAAUGGCGUUCUUCCUCUCUAUUAUAAAUAUUGGCUACACAGUGCUCAGCAGGUCCGCCUGGGAAGUGCUGAAGGACCAAAGGUGUGGAUAGUCGGCCUCGACGAUUCCGGGUUCCUUCUGGUUCACCAGGAGAACGGCGAAGUGGUGACUGUGCAUCCAGACGGCAACUCCUUCGACAUGCUGGGAAACCUCAUAAUCCCCAAACAGCCGUAGUCCUGUCUGGAGCGUCUGCUGGGCCCCACAGCUGGGAUGAGCUGGGACGGGCGGAAGGGCAGAACCGCCGCAGGAGCAUUGCACGUCGAUUUCUGCCGCCUUUCCUAGCCCAUGAUCUGGAAAACGAAUUCGGAGUUGUAGGCAAAUGUUUUCUCCCUCCACUUAACCUGUUAAUUCUUUAAUUUUGUUGUGUUGUCAUUUUAUUUGGUGUUUGAAGAUGCUGGGGGUGGAGGGUUGACAAGUAGAAGAUUUAAUUCAGGUAUAAGCUCUGGCAUAGGGUGUGAAAUUCUUCUCCCCUCUUGGAAUUGGAUGCAUCUUAAUUGGGGAGGGGGGUAGUUUUUACAUGGAAACAGCAAUGGCAUAAUUCAAAUGUUUUCCCAGUAAUGGAGGUCUCUACCCCUAGACUAUUAAAAACAGAUUUUAAAAAAGGUUUUCGGGCCCAGACCAUUGGUGAGUUAGAGGUAGGGUAACCCUGUUUACAAGCAUCCAGGGAGGUGUUUUCCUACAGGAACAUAUAUUGGCACUUAGUUAUCAUUUUAUUUUUUUGUUAGUGAAGAAAAGAGAAGGUAGAUUUCUAGUGUUACUCUCAUCCUGUGGUUUGUGGUCCAAUAACAAUGUCUAAACGGAACAGAGGCUGGUAUGCUUGCAAUGACCUUGUAGAGGAAAUCAGUUAAUUAUUUUGACAUUAACUAAUGAGCUCUCCUUUCAUAAGUUUAAAUUUACUGCAUAUUCUGAAGUGAUGGGAUCAAGUUCAGGGUCCUGAAAGCGUGGAUCAGGCAGUUGCGCAGAUGCGAGGUGGAUGAUUUGGGCCUACCAGCUGGGUUUGAAGUCUCUCAUUCCACACGCAAAGGAGGAUGUGGCGCUUGUAAGCCAGCUUCAGGCUCGCUUCGAAAUCCUGCAGAACUGUGCAGUGCACACACUAUAGAAGUACGUGGCAUUUUAUUUGUAAGUCACAUUUUUUUGCCCCCUUUCCAUAUUGCCAAAAAAGAAAAUGUUAUUGCUACUGAAUGCCAUCAGUUAAGAGGAUGGGUGUGUGUGUGUGUGAGAGAGAGAAACUUUAAAAGAAGAUGUUCCAAAUAUGAUGCCCUAAGAGUCUGCAUGGAAGAACAAAAGAAAGGAAGCCUUUUGAUAUACAUUUGCUAUUUCCAGAUGUAUUCCAUGCUUUUUCCAUGUAACUCCUAUCUCUGUUGAACUUGAGAAUCAUACACAUUACUUUUCAGCCUGAAAAGGCCAAUUUUUGUCCCCUUUUCUCUCUUCCUGCCAUUCCCAACUGAAAUUAGUGGCAAGAAAACUUGAUGAGGCUCUCAGCUUUGAACAAAAUCCCCUUAUUGUGCACUAGCACCCUCUUCAUCCAGCUUUACCCAGUCAGGCUAACUCCAGAAGCUUGUGGGUUUCAGUAUAAAAUCUGCCUACCUGUAGCCAGGCACAGGCAGCCACAUAGGAAGGAAACAAAUAACACGUUUAGUUAAGUCCACUAACCCAAUAUGUGUGUUUUGGAAAUGUAACUUGAAAAGAACUUCAGAAGUAAUUUUUGCAAAUAAGGCUUCAAUUAGAAUUAUUCUUUUAAAAAAAACAAAAACAAA